CAGAGAGAGUCUCUUCGAUUUUCCGUUAGGUGUCGCGUGCGUUGCUUUGUUUCGUCAGCUUCGCCUGCUCGUUCGCUUUCGCUUCGGGCCGGUCCGAUCCGGAGACCCGACAGACCACCCGACCUGCGAUCAUUACACGGUGUGCCGUAUGUCUGUGUGGAGCUUGCGCUCUCUCACGAUUCGAUCUACCGUUCCUCUCGUGCAAGUCGUACACGCUGUCGCUCGCUCUCGAAAGUAGUUACAGGUAUAGGCUGUUGUAAGAAACGCGGCACACACGAUUGGACUACACCGACCGACCACGCGGACGGUAACUCUGAGUGGAGAGCGUGUAAACGCGGAGAGAAAACUACGACGGAGAGAAAAAGGCACGUGGUGAGUUUUCGCCCGCAGUGCAGACGGCCAUUUACGAUAAGAAGACUCAACUGUGUGAGCGCUUCACUCAGAACGAAUCUAAGUAACGAACAUCAGCUACGAGGCGACGCGGCAACUACGGUGGCAACAACCCCAAAACGCAGAAAGAUGCCGGAGACCGUACACCAUAUGAACGGCUACGCGAAUGGCCAUGCGCCGCCUGAGCUGCAACAGGAUACCGCAUUUCUGUUCACCUCGGAGUCUGUCGGCGAGGGACAUCCAGAUAAAAUGUGCGAUCAAAUAAGCGACGCCAUUUUGGAUGCGCACCUAAAACAAGAUCCCGACGCUAAAGUAGCAUGCGAAACUGUUACAAAAACUGGAAUGAUAUUAUUAUGCGGAGAAAUUACAUCAAAGGCUGUAGUUGAUUAUCAGAAGAUCGUUCGUGAUACUGUAAAACACAUCGGUUAUGAUGAUUCUUCAAAAGGAUUCGAUUGGCGUACGUUGAACCUUUUGGUGGCGAUCGAACAACAAUCCCCAAAUAUCGCGGAUGGUGUCCAUACGGACAGGCAAGAGACGGACGUGGGUGCAGGUGAUCAGGGUCUAAUGUUUGGAUACGCAACUGAUGAAACAGAUGAAUGUAUGCCACUGACGGUCGUGUUGGCGCAUAAAUUGAAUCAGAAAAUCGCCGAACUAAGACGAAGCGGCGAAUUAUGGUGGGCUCGUCCAGAUUCAAAAACACAGGUAACCUGUGAAUACAUCAUGGACCACGGAACCUGCGUACCUAUGAGAGUCCAUACUGUUGUCGUAUCACUGCAACAUAGUGAAAAAAUUAGUCUAGAUGAACUGCGUAAAGCAGUCAUGGAGAAAGUCAUCAAAGAAGUAAUACCAGCAAGAUACUUAGAUGAAAGAACAGUCUUCCAUGUGAAUCCUUGCGGGCUUUUCAUUAUCGGCGGACCACAGAGUGACGCCGGUCUUACUGGUCGAAAGAUCAUUGUAGACACGUAUGGCGGUUGGGGAGCGCAUGGUGGUGGUGCAUUUUCUGGUAAAGAUUUUACAAAAGUGGAUAGAUCAGCUGCGUAUGCCGCAAGAUGGGUUGCUAAAUCGUUAGUCAAGGCCGGUCUUUGCAGACGUUGUCUUGUACAGGUUUCCUAUGCCAUUGGCGUGGCAGAACCAUUGUCCAUCACAGUUUUCGACUAUGGUACAUCCACGCGUUCGCAAAACGAGCUCUUAGACAUAGUGCACAAGAAUUUCGAUUUGCGACCCGGAAAAAUUGUCAAAGAGCUGAACCUUCGCAAUCCUAUUUAUCAACAAACCAGUACAUACGGUCACUUUGGACGAGACGGUUUCACAUGGGAGCAACCGAAAAAGCUAAUUUUCGAUUGAUGAGAGGAUGGAUUUUAAAUUGUUUCGGCGUUUCUUGGUUUUAGAUACUUGAUAGAACAUCUCUGUUUCUCAUUCUCUAAUACUAUCUCCCUCUCUAUCUUUUUCUCGGAGAAAAAACCAUGUUAUUUCAUGUUAAAAGAAAAUUUCGUCCGCGAUAUACUUCGAUCUCCGUGCCGCAGACAUCAUCGAGGCCACCGAUUACGCUACUUAAUAAUGAAAAGGACUAGGCAUGGACAAUUCUCUUUCUAGUUCUUUUUGCCAUGGAAUUCCGCAUUAUAUAUGUAAUGACAGGCAUAUAGUACAAAUAUUGUUUAUAAUCCAAUAUAUUAUAUCCAAUUUAAUCCAUAACAUCGCAUUAUGAAAAAAGCAUUACAAAAAGAGCAAA